AUGUCAUUGACAUUAAUGACAGAUGCCAUUUUUGAAUUAGUGAUUUCAAAACCUUUCUUGAAGAAAAAGGUGAGAUAUAAUUUUUUAAAAACUACUUUAUCAUUUUAUAAAAUAACAUUGAUGAAAAAGUAGACGAUGAAUAUUUGACUUUUCAAAAAUUGAAUAGAACCCGUUUUUGAAGAAAUCGAUAUAUUCCGAACAACCUGAACAAAUCUAGAAUGGAGGCUCUUAUUCCAGUCAUUAACAAAUUACAGGAUGUUUUCAAUACCGUUGGUUCGGAUGCUAUUCACUUACCGCAAAUUAUUGUUCUCGGUUCACAGAGUUCAGGAAAAAGCUCUGUAAUCGAGAGUCUGGUCGGUAAAUCAUUUCUACCUAGGGGAACUGGUAUUGUUACUAGAAGACCUUUAGUACUUCAAUUAGUUUAUUGUCCUAAGGAUGAUAGGGAACAUCGUAGUGCUAUUGAUGGUACUGUUGAAAUUGAAGAUUGGGGAGUUUUUCUUCAUGCUAAAGAUAAAAUUUUCAAAGAUUUUGAUAAAAUCAGACUUGAAAUUGAAGAGGAGACGAAUCGUAUAGCCGGUAGUAACAAGGGAAUAUGUCCAGAACCUAUAAAUUUAAAAAUCUAUUCGACCAAAGUAGUAAAUUUAACACUUGUUGAUUUACCAGGAAUAACAAAGGUUCCUGUUGGUGAUCAACCGCCAGAUAUCGAACAACAAAUUCGUGAAUUGGUUUUGAAAUAUAUUGCAAAUCCCAAUUCUAUAAUUUUAGCAGUAGUAACUGCUAAUACAGAUAUGGCAACAUCAGAAAGUUUAGCCAUAGCUAAAGAUGUUGAUCCUGACGGAAGGAGAACUUUGGCCGUUGUUACAAAACUAGAUCUCAUGGAUGCAGGAACCGAUGCUAUUGAUAUUCUAUGUGGAAGGGUAAUUCCUGUCAAGUUAGGAAUUAUUGGAGUUGUCAAUCGAUCACAGCAAGAUAUUAUGAAUAAUAAAACUAUCAAGGAUUCUUUAAAAGACGAGGCUACGUUUUUACAGAGUAAAUAUCCGACAUUAGCUGGAAGAAAUGGAACACCAUAUUUAGCGAAGACUUUGAACAGACUAUUGAUGCAUCAUAUUAGAGACUGUUUGCCAGAUUUAAAGACAAGAGUAAAUCUCAUGAUAUCCCAAUAUCAAUCGUUGUUGAGCUCCUACGGUGAAGAUAUAUCUGAUAAAAGUAAAACUUUAUUACAAAUUAUCACGAAAUUUGCAUCCGCGUAUUGUUCAACUAUUGAAGGGACCGCUAGAAAUAUAGAAACGACUGAAUUGUGCGGAGGUGCUAGAAUAUGUUAUAUUUUCCAUGAAACUUUCGGGAGAACUUUGGAUUCUAUACAUCCUUUAGCCGGACUUACCAAAAUGGAUAUUCUAACUGCUAUAAGAAAUGCUAAUGGACCCCGCCCUGCGCUUUUUGUACCAGAAGUCUCUUUUGAAUUAUUAGUAAAAAGGCAGAUAAGAAGAUUAGAAGAACCGUCUUUGCGCUGUGUUGAAUUAAUUCACGAAGAAAUGCAAAGAAUUAUACAGCAUUGUGGUAAUGAAGUACACCAAGAAAUGCUUAGGUUCCCGAAAUUGUAUGAAAAAAUAGUAGACGUAGUGACACAACUAUUAAGACGCAGGUUACCAACAACCAAUACCAUGGUUGAAAAUCUCGUCGCCAUAGAAUUAGCAUAUAUAAAUACGAAACAUCCUGAUUUUUAUAAGGAUAUUCAGAUGGUACCAACUGUAAUAAAAUCCUCCGGAGAAAGUAGUACUAGACCUUCGCGUCCAAAAAGUAUGUUUGGCAAAUACCAAGGAGACGCCCAAGGACUGGUGAGUAAGGCUAGAUCAUCAAGCAAUCCACAAUUAAACAACGAGGAUGACACUAAAGCUUGGACCGUGGCUACCAAUCAAAAUUCCAAUGAGAACGAUUUCAAUCCGGUUAAUAACCUACCAGAUAACGUUAAAGCUGAAGCUGAAUUGAGAAACGUACUAAGUCCCCAAAAGCCUGUCAAUUUAUUACCACAGGUUCCCGUAAACAGUAGUAGUUUCAGGAAAUUAUCUGAAAAUGAAGAACACGACUGUGAAAUUAUAGAAAGAUUAAUUAACACAUACUUCUAUAUUGUGAGAAAAUCUAUACAAGACACUGUACCCAAAGCAGUUAUGCAUUUCUUAGUGAAUUACGUGAAAGACAACUUGCAAUCCGAACUUGUAACUCACCUGUAUAAAGCUGACAACGCUGAUCAACUACUGGACGAGUCUGAACAUAUUGCUCAGAGACGUCGUGAAGCCGCUGAUAUGCUAAAAGCACUUCAGAGAGCAUCCCAUAUAAUAAGUGAAAUAAGAGAAACACACAUGUGGUAAUAAUGAAGAAUUAACUCAGUAGUUCAAGGAAGAAAGGAUAUAAAGAGAAAUUUUGAAGUGUCAUGUAACUAGUCAUGAUUUUCAUCAAUCGAUGUAACCAAAUACACAUUAUUAUUGUUGUUGUGCAGGUUCCCAUAAAUAUUUUAUGUAUUCACUUCCCAAACCAGUGACAUUGAUCGGUUGAAAUAUUUCAUUAAAUCGGGUCUGAAUGUUAUCUUACUUUGGAUCGAACUAAGGUCACAAUUAGGUGAUUACGAACAAGAUAACCUUCAAUAAAUUGAUAAGUAGAAAUGAUUUGAUAACAUAUUUAAUUAUAUUUAUGCUUUUAUAUAUUGUUAAUAAAAUAUAGUAAGGUAUUGAUUCAAGGAACCCUUUGUUUUAAGAAACUCACCAUAAAUUUGUCAUUAUUUUUAUGGGUAGUUUGAAUUUUUAAGUAAGAACAAAAAUUAGAUCAAUGUAAUUAAUUUUUAGUCCAAUUUCUUACAGAUUUGUACAACUUUGCUCAGUGCAGUAGAUAAACUUACACAAAUCUAGAAUCUCGUUGUGGAGGUGCAACUAUAUAUUUUUAUUUAAAUGGUUCAUAAAUUGUAUUUUAUCACUUUGAAUGAGUCAAAAAUUCAAUUUAGAAGAAAAUUGAGUCAAUAAAAUCAAUUUUUAAUCUUAUUAUCGACAAAAAAAUUGUAGAGCGUUUUAUUUCUUGAAAUUGUACAUUCCAGAAUGUCAGUUUAAAGAUUCUGCUCUAACUUUUCAUUUUUGUUGAUCAAAAAAUAUAUUUUAUCACUUGAAACGGUUCUAAAAUUUGAUCUAGAAGAAAAUUGAGUUAAUAAAAUUCAUUUUUAUUCCAAUCUCUAACCAUAUGAGCCAUAGAACUUUUUAAUAGGUGAAAUUACACAUUCUAGAAUAUUCAUGAGGAGAUUCUGCUAUAAAUAUUAAUUUUUAUUAUUCAAAAAUUGCAAUUUAAGUAUUGCAACUUUUAAAUUUUCAGUUCAGAACCAGAUUGGGCCCAAUUUUUUUUAUCAAACGUGUUGUACUUCUUAUUUGGCUUAUUAGGUAAAAUUACACAUUCUAUAAUCUCACUUUAUUAAAUCUACUAUCAAAUUCCAUUUCUAUUGUGCGUAUUUUAUUACUUGGAACGUUUCAAAAACUCGAUUUAUAAGAAAAUUGGUUUGAUAAAAUUAAUUUCCAAUCCAACUACCUACAAAAUGAGAUGUGGAAUUGUUAAUUCGAUCCAGUAAAUUAAAUUACCCACUCGAAACAUUAUUAUUCAUUCAUUUAAAUCAAAUAAAAUCAAUUCAUACAGAUUUAACGUAGAUACGUUAUGUAUAGAUUGAAUUUAUAUAGAUUCUACUCAUUUACAUUUAAUUCAUAUAAAUCCAAUUCGUAUUAAAUUUCCUGGUUGUGGAAGUGAAUUAAUAAAUUUUUAGGAUGUGUUUUCCUUCAAUUGUUGAAUAAUAUUAAACACAAGUAAAACUUACGUUAUUGUUAAACUGGAUAUACAGGGUGUUCCUAAAUUUAUGCUAUAAUUUAUAAUGAAUAUAUUUGAAUUUGAUAAUAACCGCGAUUGAAAUGUUGGUGAGCUGAUCCACUCGUUGGUCGAAUAUUUGAUAACUGCACAGGUUUAUUCGACUUUGUUGACUUGACGUAUAGUGUAUAACGGAGAUGAUCGAUACUAUCGACAGAGCUCUUCAAAUGCAGUGACAAGUUCGUAUGUUUUAGAAAGUGCAGUAGUUGUUCUCUGCUGCUCCAUUGUUUUUAUGUUUUUACUAUAAUCUGAAUAUCCAUAAAAAACAAUUUUAUUGAUAAUGUGUAAAAUGUAAAAGAAAUCCGCCUCCAAUAAUAAACGUUUACUAUCAGUUGACUUCAGAUAAUUUUCUGACCGCGCGCUCUACGCCCUCUAUCUCAAACACAGUUCAA